AAGUUUCAGGAUUUUUCUCGUUCAGGACAAUAAAUAAAGCAAAAUGGCAGUACGUUUAGCCCACAGAUUGAUGAAGACACAAACUCCCUUCCUAUGCAGGAGCUACCCUAUGUUGGUAACCAAGGAAAAGACUGAAGAUGUGGCCCAUACCAAGUCAUCAUUGCAAAAGAGAUUGACGGUACCUGAGAUUCCACAAGCCCAGUAUGGUGGUCGUCAUGCUGUCACCAUGUUGCCCGGUGGUGGUAUUGGUCCCGAACUUAUGAGCUAUGUACGUGAGAUUUUUGCCUACUGCGGCGCUCCCAUCGACUUCGAAGUCAUCGACAUUGAUCCCUCCACUGAGGGUAAUGAAGAUUUGGAAUAUGCCAUCACAUCGAUUAAACGUAACGGUGUUGCCAUUAAGGGUAAUAUUGAAACCAAAUCACAAUCGUUGACCGAAAUCUCUCGUAACGUCGCCAUUCGUAAUGAAUUGGAUUUGUUUGUCAACGUUGUCCAUUGCAAAUCGUUGCCCGGCAUCCCAGCCCAUCAUAAGGAUGUUGAUAUUGUUUUGAUUCGUCAAAAUACCGACGGUGAAUAUGCUAUGUUGGAACAUGAAUCGGUUAAAGGUGUUGUUGAGAGUAUGAAGGUUGUUACCGUGGAAAAUGCUGAACGUGUUGCACGCUAUGCCUUCCAAUAUGCUCGUGAAAAUGGCCGUAAGAAGGUUACCACCAUUCACAAGGCCAACAUUAUGAAAAUGUCUGAUGGUUUGUUCUUGGAAGUGGCCAAGAAGGUGCACAAGGAUUACCCAGAAUUGGAACAUAAUAAUAUGAUUAUCGAUAACACUUGCAUGCAAUUGGUAUCUAAUCCUCAUCAGUUCGAUGUCAUGAACAUGACCAACUUGUACGGUACCAUUGUCUCCAAUGUUAUUUGCGGUCUUAUUGGUGGUGCUGGUAUCUUGUCUGGUCGUAACUACGGUGAUCAUUAUGCCAUCUUUGAACCUGGUACUCGUAAUACCGGUACAGCUAUUGCUGGUAAAAAUAUUGCCAAUCCCUUGGCCAUGAUCAAUGCCAGUGUUGAUAUGUUAAAUCAUUUGGGCUACAAAGAUCAUGCUCGUGUUAUUUCCGAAGCUGCCUAUGAGACUGUUGUGGAAAGGGGUAUUAGGACUCCAGAUAUUGGUGGCACCAAUUCCAGUACUGAUGUUGUCAAGAGCAUUUUGGAUAUCCUCUCCAACAAACGUGUCCACUGGUAA